AUGGGUGGCUGCGUUUCUUCUCAGAGAAAACUCAGCGACAAGUUUCAGCAGAAGAAGCAAAAACGUGGAAGAUCCGGCAAAGGUCGGUCCAAGAUCUCGGCUUCGAUGCCUGAUGUUCCUAUGAAACGCAUGAGUAAUGCGAGUGUUAGGGAUUUCGCGGUUAGCGAAUAUGUUCAUCUUGAUUUCGAGAAAGGUGGAGCCAAGAUGAUGUGCAAGAGAGCUGAAAUGUCUAAUGCUAACUUCCAUUUAACUCAGCUUCAAUGGAACUGCAGCCAAAUCGAUGGAAACCGAAUAUCACAUGAGGAAGCUUGGUAUGAUUCAUUUAGUUACAUUGAUUCUGAUUCUGAUGAUGGAUCAAAUAGUAGUGUCUUCGAAGAUGCAAAUCCUUCUGGAAUGGGACAGGUGAUUCAGUACGAAGAAUUCUACGAAAGUUACCUGAAAAUAGAUGGAAACAAAGCUGAGACAUACUCGAGCAAGAACGAAGUUAGCAUAAAGAGGAAUCAAGUGGCUGAUGAAUCUCAUCAUGAAACUUUCAAGACUACUACUUGUGAAGAUCAUCAAGAUCACAGGAAGAAAUCAUCAAAAGUUGUUAUGGUUUCGGUGCGAAGAACAUCUAUUGAUAGCAAAUCAACACCAUCUGAAUUCUCUUCAGCUGAGAAGCUCUUGUACCGACCUAAAGCCGGUUCUUCGAUUCAACCUUCUUUGGGAGAGAAGCUAACCAAUCAAGGAAGCUGGUCAGAACUUUCUCCAUCGAAUUUCAAACUCCGCGGAUUAAAUUUCUUCAGAGACAAACAAAAGAGUCCUGCACCAAAUUGUAGUCCUUACACACCAAUUGGAGUCGAUCUUUUCGCGUGUCCUAAGAAGAUCAACCACAUUGCUCAACACAUUGAGCUUCCUAAUUUGAAACCGGCGUCAUCAGGAGUCUGCGAUAUCCCCAAUCUAUUGAUUGUGAACAUUCAGCUUCCAAUGUAUCCAACCUCUAUGUUUGGUGACUAUGAUGGUGAAGGACUUAGCUUAGUCUUAUACUUCAAAGUAAAUGAGAAUUAUAACAAAGAAAUCUCAUCUCACUUUCAAGAAACCAUCAAGAGAUUUAUGGAUGAUGAAAUGGAGAAAGUCAAAGGAUUCACAAGAGAAUCAACAGUUCCAUUCAGAGAGAGGUUAAAGAUCAUGGCCGGUUUGGUUAAUCCUGAGGAUCUUCAACUAAGUUCUACUGAGAGAAAACUAAUCACAGCUUACAACGAUAGACCGGUUCUUUCUCGUCCGCAACACGAUUUCUUUCGGGGACCAAACUACUUUGAGAUCGAUUUGGAUAUACACCGGUUCAGUUACAUAUCGAGGAAAGGACUCGAAUCUUUCAGGGACCGGAUCAAGAACGGCAUUCUUGAUCUUGGUUUAACUAUUCAGGCGCAAUCACCAGAGGAACUUCCAGAGCAAGUACUGUGUUGUGUCAGACUGAACAAGAUUGAAUUUGUGAAUCAUGGACAGAUUCCAACGCUUUUAACUAACAAACAAUGA